AUGAGCGGCGCAAUGAACAAGCAAACUCCAAACCGACCUCCCCCCAGGCAUAACCUGCACGCCCAUCGGCGACAGCAUCGACCACUACACUGCGCGCAUCGCGGGCCACCCGAAACCCCCUACGAAGCGGGCCAAUUCCAUAUCACCAUUUCUCUUCCCGACAACUACCCGAUCGAGCCACCAUCGAUGAAGCUCAAAACGCGAAUUUAUCAUCCCAAUAUUGAUGAUCAUGGGAAUAUUUGCUUGGAUGUUUUGAAGACUGGGAAAAAGGGUGGGUGGAAUCCAGCAUGGACGCUGGGUAAGGUGCUGCUUUCUUUGUCGGCGCUGCUGGGGAGUCCAAAUCCAGACGACCCGUUGAUGCCGGAGAUUGCGGAGCAGAUGGUUGCUGAUUAUAGCGCCUUUGCUACGGCUGCUAGGGAAUGGACUGCCAAGUACGCUGCCUCUGUCGAUGAUGAUGAGAGACGGUGA